GUGCGGCCUCUCCCGGCAGAGCGCAUAUUCUCAGAGUUCGUAUAAAAUAAAUAAGUAAUUUCGCCGUUGGUUGGUUGUAUAAAGGUUGUAAUUAACUUUGGUAUCUCCCCUGAAUCAAUUUUUAAAUAUUUCAAUUUGUGUUAAUAUACAGAAAAGUAUCAUAAAGAUUGGUCUGGUCUGGGUAUAGCAUGGGUACCUAAGUGUCAAGGGGUGAUUCAUUGUUUUGCCCUUUUGCAUUGAGGUUUUUGAUGCAUUUUAAUGUAAUAAAGCAGUGUAAUUCCUGUAGUUUGACAACUAAGAAGAACGGAUUUAAAUUGUAACGGUUUUUUGAUGCAUGUGUUUGUUAGAUAAGUUCCAAUACGCCAGACAUAAGAAGUUGUUCAGGCAUCUUAAGUACCCUGAAAUGUCUGGAGGUCAAGGUUUCAGCUUCGGCGGCGGCCAGGCGUCAACCACCUCGACUGGCUUCUCGUUUGGCGGGGCCCCAGCCCCGUCCGCCAGCAGCGGCUUUUCGUUCGGCGCCGCUGCCGCUCCUGCAGCGCCCGCCGCCGCCAGCUCCGGGGGCGGGUUCUCGUUCGGAGCGGCCCCGGCCAGCACCGCCACCGGGUUCUCGUUCGGCGGCGCCGCGCCGGCGGCCAGCACCGCCGCAGCGCCCAGCUUCUCGUUCGGCGCCGCACCGGCUGCCUCAGCGUCCAGCUCCGGCGGCGGGCUCUCGCUCGGCGGAGCUGCACCGGCCGCCAGCACCGCCGCUCCCAGUUUCUCCUUCGGUACCACACCGGCAGCGAGCAGCGCUGCGCCCCUCGGCCUGUCGAGCGCGCCCACCGCCAGCUCGUUCGGUCUGGGCGGCGGUACCGCCACGUCAACGGCGACACCGGCCGCCUCGGCCCCCGCCGGAGGAUUCUCCCUGUCCGUGCCGUCGACGGCCGCGUCUUCGGCCGGCGGUCUGACGCUGGGCGCGGCUCCGACAGCUGCCUCCUCGGCUCCGGCCACAGGCUUCUCCCUGGGCACGGCUCCGUCGGGCGGGCUGUUCGCCGGGACGGCAGCGGCCAGCAGCACGGCGGCGUCGACGGCAGCGGCGUCGGCCACAGGGUUCUCGCUGUCGACUCCUACAGCCUCCAGCGGCGGAUCACUGACACUGGGCAAACCGGCCAGCACUUCAGGUACGACUACAGCGGCGGGCACUGGCGGCUUCGGCCUGGGUCUGACCAGUACGGCCAGUGCUCAGCCGGCGCAGGGCUCGACGGCCACCAGUCUCAGCACGACCACCACAACCAGCGCCUCCACGCCCGGUUCCUCGAUGACCUACCGUCAGCUGGAGGAGUUCAUCAAUAAGUCCACGGUCGAGCUGGAGGAACAGGAGAAGCUGCUGCUCAACCAGGCCACCCAGGUCAACGCCUGGGAUGGACAGCUCAUCAAAAACGGACAGAAGAUCACGGAGCUCAACAGCGCCGUGGAGCGGGUCAAGCUCGACCAGGAGCGCCUCGACACCGAGCUCAACUUCGUGGCGACUCAACAGCGGGAGCUGGAGGAGCUCCUGACCCCUCUGGAGCGCGCCGUCGAGUCCGCGGCGAGCGGCGGCGGGGCGCCUCAACAUGCCGACAUGGAGCGCGCUCACACCUACCAGCUGGCCGAGAGCAUUGACGCCCAGCUGAAGCGCAUGUCGGAGGAUCUGAGGGAGAUGAUUGAGCACGUGAACGCGGCCAACAAGACCAGGGAUGAUAACGACCCGAUGGUCCAGAUCUCGAAGAUCCUGAACGCGCACAUGGACAGCCUGAGCUGGCUGGACGAGAACACGACCCUGCUACAGAGGAGGGUGGAGGAGACCAGCCGGCAGCUGGAGCAGCGGCGGCACGAGCAGGAGCGGGCACUCCGCGCCGGAUUCGACUGAGGGUCGGCGGGCAGGCUGUGAGGUUCGCGGCCGGCUGACGGACUCUCGUGCCGUUCUGCUUGCGGCCUAACCGGCUGUGUGGAACAAGCCGGUUUUGCGGGCUGGACGUGGUCGUCUCAUUAUUGUGGAUGUCUCGCGCUGCGGCAGUGGAACGGAGGUCCUGUUUGUUCACCAUCGGGUAACUCGCCAAUGUUUUCCGUGUGAACGCUUUGUGAGGAUCGCCGACUUUCACCUCAUCUGCACCGAUCGUCCCUGGUCCCGAAAGUGAGGACGUCGCCGGCGACAUACAUGAGAAUGGACGUGCAAGGCGGGAGACGUGACGGAUGACGGUGGGUUAUUUUUCUUAUGGUAUGGCUGGAUCGAGGUCGCAGCGUAACAUCAAUGUUUCCAAGUUGAGCAGUGUCAGCGAUGAACGUGUGCUGUUGUCAUUUAUGAAAAUACAGGAACGCAUUCAGA